AUGGCCACCACCACCACGGAUACCGUACCCGUCGGUGACUUUGAGCAGCAGACUCAAAAGUUCCUCGAAUGGUUCACCAGCCAGCCCGGUGCCACCUUUCACAAGGACAUCAAGCUUGUUGAUUUAAGAGAUAAGAGUGCUGGUCGUGGUAUUAUCGCAACCGCCCCCAUCCCCGCCGACACAACCCUCUUCACCAUCCCGCGCUCUUCCAUCCUUUGCGCCGCCACCUCCCCUCUCGCCAGCAAGCUUCCUGCCCUCUUCAAGGGUCCCGCCGAACCCACCGUCGCCGAGGAAUCCAACGACCACACCGCCGAUGAUGACGACGUUCCCGAGCUCGUAGAGGAACUGGAAGACGACCCUAACGCCCAGGACCCCUGGACCCUCCUCAUUCUCAUUCUCGUCCACGAGUACCUCCAAGGUUCCGCCUCGCCUUGGUACCCCUACCUGUCCGUCUUGCCCGAAAAGUUCGACACCCCCAUGUUCUGGACCAACGAAGAGCUCGGCGAGCUGCAAGCUUCUGCUUUGGUUCCCAAAGUAGGCAAAGAAGAAGCGGAUGAGAUGAUCCGCUCGAAAAUCGUCAAGGUCGUUAAAGACAACGAAUCCGCCUUCUACCCUGCUUCCUACUCCGGAUCCAAGCUAUCUGAGGAGGAACUCCUAGCCUUGGGGCACAGGAUGGGAUCAGCAAUCAUGGCGUACGCGUUCGACCUCGCCAAGGAAGACGACGACGACGAAGACGAGGAAGGAGAUGGCUGGGUAGAAGAUAAGAUCGCCGGACAGAACGAUACCAUGGGCAUGGUACCCAUGGCUGACAUGCUUAAUGCCGACGCCGUUUUCAACGCGCAUAUUAAUCACGAAGAGGGCAGUUUGACUGCUACUUCGCUACGCGAAAUCAAGGAAGGGGAGGAAAUUUUGAAUUACUACGGCCCCCUAAGCAGUGCGGAGUUGUUGAGACGGUAUGGAUAUGUCACGCCCAACCAUGCGCGGUAUGAUGUCGUGGAGUUGGGGUGGGAUUUGAUCGAAAAGGGGCUGAAGAAGAUGGUGGAUGGCUUGCAAGGGAAGAAGAAGGAUGUGCAGUGGGAAAAGGUCGACGAGCUCCUUGAGGACGAAAAAGAGGAGGGAGAGUGGGAGGAUAGUUUUGUUCUUGAACGGCAAAGCGAGGACCCUGAUUCGGAGGGCCAAGUCCACGGAGAAGCGGAGUUCGUGGGAUGGCCGGAGGAGUUGGAGGAGCAAGUUAGGACUUACCUGAAGGCUGUGAAGAAGGUUGUUGGGUCCGGGGACAGGGCGGUCGCGGAGGCGUUGGGGGAUAAGAAGGUGAGGGUGAAGGAGAUCUUGUUGGGUGCCGUGGCAAGUGCGUUGGAGGAGAGGGAAGGGCAGUAUGCUACUAGUUUGGAGGAGGAUGAGAAGGUGCUGCAGGGGAUUGACGGUGGCAGACCGACGACCAGGAGGGAGAUGGCUGUAUGGGUUAGGGCGGGUGAGAAGAGGAUUAUUAGGGAGGCGGUGGCGUGGAUUAAGAAGCAGGAGGAGGCUUUGGGCAAGCAGAGCACGGGUCAGAAGGAUGAGCCUUCUGCUAAGAGGAGGAAGGCUUGA